AUGCUUUAUCGUUCAUUUUGGAUUGGCCUUUCCCGUGUUCAGUUUGCACAUCCUCUUAACGAUCCUACAGUACAUUCUGCAUGGUUGGACGGUACGCCUGUCGACUACGGACGUUAUGAUGGACUCCCAAUACCCAGUCGUGAUGUUCGUCCAUGGGCGUAUGGCAGUCCAUCUUCCUUAAAUGCUACUACUAGUGGGGAGAUUGAGGGAUGUACAAUGAUGUUUCUUAACGAUACAACUCCUCUGUGGAACGACAUUUCGUGUUACGCUUUGCUCGGAGGUGGAAUUUGUAAAAGAAACUGUUCGGCUGACUGUCCAAACGAGGAUAAUUCAACCACCACAACCUCGUCUACAACAACAGCAGUUGGACUAACAACACAAACACCCGAAGAGGCAACAACUGAGGUGCAAUACGACGAAGCUACAACAGAAGAUACAGAAACAUCUACUCCUAAUAGUUGUGGAAACAAUUCGAAUAUAUGUGGGGCAGAUGGUUGGAAGUGGAAAUGUUUCAAAAAUGGCAAAUGUUAUAGUUACCAUAAAUAUUCUGUAAAGGGAAGCUAUUGGAAGGCUCUUGCGAAAUGUCGCAAGCACCACGCCUCCGUAUGCUCCAUUGAGUCUGAGGACGAGAAUGAACAUGUAUGUAAGCAUUAUUGUGGGUGUAAAGGAAAGGAUGUUUGGAUUGAUAUGCACCGUAUGGUGACUGAGGAUGGUGCUAAUAUUGAAUGCUUGGAUGGUGAAGAUAGGCAAUGCUAUUACGAAACUGUAAUUAUUAUAAAAUUUAAUAAUAAGGGUCAUAGUGGACAUGUGGGCCUUUACUUUUCUUCAUUUGUCAGAACAUUCUAUCUAACAUCAGCUAAGUUGGUCCUGAGUUGGUGA